GUAUAAUUGUUGAGGUUUGCAUUGCAACUAUUCGAAAAUGAAGUGGCUGUCAAUUGCAUUUGUGUUGGGUCUGUUGGCUUUUGCUAGUGCCGAUCCCUUAAGGGGUGGUGACGUCAUCAUUAACGGACAUUGUGUUAGCUGCAAUGUUCAUGGAGGCUAAGGACUGAAGAACUAAACUGAAGAAUGCCAAACAGCACACAAACUACACAUUAUUUAGAUUCCGUAAUUGAAAUGGAAACUUAUCAAAUGAGAUUCUAGAAGCAAUGAUUGCAGCCAAAUCGCAUUUGUCUUAUGCACAGUAAAUAUAAUAAAUACACAUUUAAUACAUUGA